GGGCGAGUUAAAGCCACUCAUAUCGCUGAUUGUAGCGUGAGCGUAGGUUUGCACGCCGGUUUAAGGGAAGUCGUACAUUCUUCGUUAGGUUUUCCUUUAUUUUUUAGCGAUUUCAAGAGCUCGUUUACAUGCCGAACUAAUAAAACUGAGCAGCUGAAUGUUAAAGGGAAGUAGAGUCGAAGAAGUGAAAACAUGGAGACUUGGUAAAGGCUAAAUGUCGCUGAAUACACAGACUUUGAGGAUCCCACGUCUCCACAUAAUUUACUGACAGUCCCAUAGUACAGAAGAGGCUUGCAGUCAUGGCAGGCAGGGGUCGUGGUGUGGCUUCCUUUACUUUCAACGUUGAGGCUCUGGGCAUCGGCAGGGGUAGCAUGCCAGAAGCUAGGGUGGGGCCAAGCCCGCUGUUUCCAAACACAGACUUUAAGCCAGUGCCGCUGAAAGCUGGCGAGGAUGAGGACUACAUGCUGGCCUUAAAACAGGAGAUGAGGGGAGCAAUGCAACGACUACCUCACAACAUCAAGCCUCACUCCAAUAAAGCAGAAGUGGAGAAAUACACGGAGAGAUACCUGAAGCAAAAGCAGACGGAUGAUGAGGAAUGGACUCCAGACUGGAACCUCUUCCCAAAAGAACUGAUGCCCCAAAAGAAAAAAACUCGUGCUAAAGCAGGCACAAAGAAGAAAACUGCGAUAUCACGCAAAGACACAGAGGAUAUUCUGAGUAAAUUAGACGAACUGGCAAAGAAAGAUGACGGGAACCCUGAAAAAUCAGAUGAUGAGACCGAAAAGAAACCAGGGAAUGAGAAUGAAGAGGAAGAAAUUGAAGAGGAUGAAUAUGAUGAAGAGGAUAUUGAAGAGGGAAAUGACUACAUUGAAAACUAUUUUGACAACGGCGAGGAUUUUGCUGCGGACAGUGAUGAUAAUAUGGAUGGUGAAGCAACAUAUUGAGACAGUGUGACUCAAGUGUGCAAACCCAAGCACACACGCACUGUUGCAGUAAACCAUCAUUGAGUUAUUGUUUCUGUUGGUUAAAUAUUUGAGAAGUUGGGAACACUUUUGUUUACUUUGGUUGAAGUCAGGCUUGCCUUAAGUCUUAUGUAAAUAAGAAAUGCCAAACUAUGUGCAUACUGGCAAUAAUUUAUUCAAAAUAGAUGUAUUUAUUUCCCAGCCUGUAGCACAUUUCCACAGUUUGAAAGGCACAUACUGUCAACAACGCAUGCUUUUUCAUGAAGUGUCAAGUGAACACAGUGGUAAAAUAAAAGGGCUGUAUAACAAAGUCUAAAAUUUCACAUAAUUACAAGUAUGAGUCAUUGAGGGAAUAAUGUGCAUUUCCCAUUUUUCUUGGCAUGGUCUUGGAGGUUUCUGAAAUGAAAAAAAAAAAAAGCAAUUUUCUCCAGACAAGCCAAAGAAAAAAAAAUUCAA